CAUUAGGCUUAAAGUUUUGAAUAUUGGACGUUGUAUUUGACCUGCAGCCCUGUGUCCUUGCCACGAGUCUGAGUGGUGUAAAUAUGACCAACUUUAACUCUUGGGAAGAAUUUGCUAAGGCGGCUGAAAAUCUUUACCUUGAAGAUCCGUCUAAAUGUCGUAUGUGUACAAAGUACCGACAUGUGGAUCGAAAGCUAGUAGUAAAAUUAACGGACGACCAUACAGUAAGUAUUUCUGUUGAAAAAUAUGUCAAAAGGUUUUAAAGUACGUAACAAACAUGGCUCAGGAUGUUAAAAAAGUUGAGAAACUGACCUCCCUGCUCAUGCGUCACAUGGCAUCCAAGGAGAAGUGACUGAACUGUGAUUAUCAUACAGAAUGACCGAGAUCACUCAUUUGUGCUCUAUUUUCAGUUUCUUCUAAGUUGUACAUACUUUAUUGGUUUUCAUUUAUAACUGGCAUAUGUAUUUUUGGUUAUAAAGUCCUGUAAAAACAACAUAAUCAUAGGCUCAUA